AUGCUGAAAAUCAACUUCAAUGGUGCAGUUUUUCAAAAGGAAAACAGAAGCGGUGUCAGGGUUGUCAUCCGAAAUUCUAAAGCCUUGGUUAUUGCCUCUCUAUCCCAGCAGCUUCCCCGAGCUUACCAACCUCUUGAGGUGGAGGCUCUAGCAGUGGUCCGAGCCCUGGAAUUUGGAGCAAAAAUUGGAUUAAAAGAAAUGGUUAUGGAGGGUGACUUGGAGAUUAUUGUUAAUGAACUAAAGACAGAUGGUUCCGCCAUGGGGUCAGUAGCAUUAAUCUUGCAGGAUGCAACUUUAUUCUCUAGUUUUUUCACUAAAUUACUAUACUCUCAUGUUAGGAGGGAAGGUAAUAAAAUUGUCUAUAGUUUGGCAAGGCAUUCCUUAAAUGUCAUAGAUUAUGCAGUGUGA